AUGUCAAGGCAAUCCAACUCGACGACGACCAGGAUCUUCUUCAAAGGAUUUAGGGAUAAUCGCAAACUGUCCUCUUCUAUUCAAGUCCUUCACACCUCUCGACAUCGGAUAAAAGGAGGGUACAGCCGCUUCCCGACGCAAGUUACGCAACUCCACGUUGCAGCAUACUGGGGCUUACAGAAGCUCCUAAUCGUCCUCUGUCAAAGGGCCAUUGACAUUAACGGUCAAGACAGCUAUGGAGCGACUGCGCUGCAGUUGGCUGCCCAAAAUAACUACAGCCAAGGAGUACGAUUACUGCUUGAAAAAGGAGCCAAGAUCGACCUGCGCAAUGGUAAAGGCGAGACGGCUGUAGCCUGGGCGAGCAGACACGGCCACCUAGCAAUCCGCUUUAUGGUGACCAAGCGCAUGUUUGAGCGCAACGAGACCGCAGGCGGGCCUGCCCUUCUCGAGUACGAUGUGCUGCUCACACUUAACGGCAAGACCGUUACAAAAACCUCCGAUCUGGACGUCAUGUACUCGAACGAGGAGCUCGACACGGUCGUGGUGCGCGACUGUAAAGAGCUGAGCCUGAAGCUGCCUACCGUGGCGGCCCACGACGUCGAAACGACGCGCGCCGUGUCAUUUUGCGAGCGAUCUUCUAUGUGCCCAACUAUGCCGUCAACUAGCAGAUUAGCAGGCUUCUUAUACGGGCUGGCGCCGACGAAUCUUAUUACGCAUGUGAACGACAAGCCGAUGCCGGAUUUUGAGGCUUUUCUGAGGGAGGUGGUUAAGAUCCCGGAUAAUACUUACUUCCGCCUCCACGCCGUGACGUUAGACAACGUGCUGUGGGUGGUGGCAAUGAAGAAGAACGAGCACUACUUUCCUAACAUGGAGCUCAUCAAGGACCCUAGCGAGGAGUGUGGCUGGCGGAGGGUUACCUAUGAGGGCGGCAAGGUGAUUCGAGAAGGGGCCCCUGACGGCGUGGUGGCGCCCCCCGGAGAGAGCACCGAGAUGGAUGUUGAUGGCGGUGUGUGUUGA